GCGUGUGUCAUCAAAUUUUCACGGUCCAUUGUUACACAGCACGACGCCGGGUAGAUAUAAAAGGAGUGCACGAGUGAGUGCGAGUAUUAGGAGACAACAGGUGACAGAAGUUACACCAAACAAGCGAAGCAUGGAGUUCUUGAAAGUCCUCGUGGUUUUGUUCGUAGUUUUUCACGGUUCACUCUCGAAGCCUAUUGGUUCUGAUGAUGAGCUACGUGUCAUUGUCGGACAACUAGAGAGACUCGUAGGAAGCUUACGGCGGCUUGUAGAUUAUGUGGAUAUGCCAGAGUACUCGAGUAUCGAACCAAGGAGCGAGUCUACACCAGAAUUCCCUGUCCCCGGCGCCAGAAUGUUGGGCAAGCUUCUGAGGCCACACUUCGCCAGUUUCCCAGUUGGACCAUACACAUUGGAGAUGCCUUUAACACAACAUGAUAUUGUGGAAAAAUUGAGCGCAUGGUACAGAAGUGACCAAGUGAUGUUCAGAGAACGGGCUUUCGGCAACAUUGCGGGGGAACUAUUGAAUGCCCAUUUCCAGUGCGCAACUACAAAACUCAACCAAAUAGUUUUCUAUGUUUUGAAGCAGAAAUCGCACGAAAUGACCAAUGAGCAGAAUAUGAACAUGCACGUGAGGGAGAUUCUAGAGAGCUCGUUUUUGGACACCGCCAAUGUGAAUAACGUCGUCCAGAGAAUUGUUUCGGCAGCGCAGUCAUACACAUACGGACAGGUCAUUGAUCAUCUUGGGCGUUUCCAGUUGCAAGAUAUUGAGGAAUUCCUAGGGAAAAUGAAAAUGCUCAUGAGGAGAGCUGAGCAGAAUAAAUGGUCCCCAGUCAUGUUCGAUGAAAAACUAAAUCACCUUUUGACAGACCAUGAAUUUGUCUUUAAAUGUCCGAGCAUGAACGAUCUAUGGCGAUUCCACCAAGAAAUUGCUAGCCGCUUUCAAGAAAGGUUUCCCGUUACCAAACCCCUAACUGAGACAGAAGCCUGGCUGACGGAAGUCCUUCCUACCUACAUGACUACAGACGCCACUCCCGCCAUUACUGCCAUCCUCAAAGUAUACACUGACUUCGUCAAGUCGGUUAUGUUUCACCUCAAGGAAGUAGAGAACCACAUGGGCACCGGAAAUACAGCUGACAUCACAAACUUCAUGUCUAAAUAUCUCGCACCACAUAAACUCCAAUAUCUUCAGUCCGUCUUUGAGAUCCUUAACAGCAACGUCAUCAAAAUCAAUACAGAAACUCUCCGGCCAUCCAACACUAGAUGUACAGAUUUCAACGGAAGAUGUGAAUGAGCCGGAUUUCUGGGAUAUCGACAAGUGAAAUACACAACCGUGUGAAAAAUCAUUGACCAUUUUCUAGUGCUUUCAGAAACUUCACAAUUGUGAAAAAUAAAAUAUCAAAUAAUAAA